GCUUCGAACCGGCUUCCUCCUUUUCCCAGUCUUGACCCCGCCUCUCCUGCUCCACGCGCGCGCGUACGGCUCUAGAGCGCGAGCCGGGGCUAUGGCGUUGUCGACAGCGGGGUAUAGGCAGUACUUGCUGCUACUAGCGCAGCAGAACGUAGAAUUCCGGUUGCCGGAAAUAAAGUCUUUGCUCUCCCUCUGUGAUGGAAGGUUCAGCAGUUCACAAGAACUGAGAUUAAAGAGCCCAUUUUGGAUUCUUGACUUGCCUUCUGAAGAGAUAGCUAGAAGACUAAUGAAACGAACUGUAUGUGCAAAAUCAAUAUUUGAGCUCUGGGGUCAUGGGAAAUCUCUAGAAGAACUGCAUUUUUCACUAAAGAAUUAUCCAGUAGAGAAAAUGGCUCCAUAUUUACAGUCCAAUUUCACCUACAAAGUAAUAGUCCAUGCUUUCAACAAAACGGUAACACAAGCAGAGAAGAUUCAAAGAAUAGAUUCUUUGCAGUUUUUACCAUUUAAAGGACGUGUAGAUUUGAAUAAUCCAGAUCAUACAUUUUGGUUUCUAGAAGAUCAUGGACUUUAUCUGGGCAACACUACAGAACAGCCUAUUGGCUUGUACUUUGGGAGAUGGAUUGCCAAUGGACAAAGGGACCUUAUUGAAUCCUACAGUGUUAAAAAAAGGCAUUUUAUUGGGAACACAAGCAUGCAUUCCGGCUUGGCUUUUAUCAUGGCAAACCAUGGAAAAGUAAAACCAAACAAUAUUGUGUUUGAUCCUUUUGUGGGAACAGGUGGACUUCUUAUAGCUUCUGCGCACUUUGGAGCAUAUGUCUGUGGCACAGAUAUAGAUUAUAAUAUAGUACAUGGGUUGGGCAAAGCUAGUAGAAAGAAUCAAAAGUGGAGAGGACCUGAUGAAAAUAUCAGAGCCAACCUUCGCCAGUAUGGUUUGGAGAAAUACUAUCUUGACAUAUUUGUUUCUGAUGCAUCAAAACCCAUAUGGAGGAAGGGAGUGCAGUUUGAUGCAAUUAUUACAGACCCACCAUAUGGCAUUCGGGAAGCCACCAGAAAAAUUGGUUCACAGCGGGAAACACCAAAUAUGAUUGAAAAAAGCACUGAAAAUCACAACCUAAUUUCUUCAAAUUAUCAGCUGAGUGAUAUAAUCUUUGACCUGUUAAAAUUUGCGGCAGAGUAUUUGGUCCUUGGAGGAAGAUUGGUCUACUGGUUACCUGUGUACAAACCAGAAUAUACAGAAGAGAUUAUACCUCAGCACCCUUGCCUGAAACUUGUUAGCAACUGUGAGCAGACGCUUUCCAACCACACAUCGAGAUACCUGAUAACCAUGGAAAAGGUGAAAGAAUUUGAGGAGGACAACUGUAAUUCUCAAAUAUUGGAUAGCCAGUAUCUGCAGUACAAAUGUCAUGAUUCCUUUCGUGAGAAAUAUUUCAGUGGAGUGACAAAGAGGAUUGCCAAGGAAAAAAAGGACAGCCAACAGUAAUCUGUUUGGAAAGGAAAAAAUGAAAGCAAGGAACGCACAAGGCUUGUAUUUGGCUAUUAAAACAUCUGGACUUCUACAUUAUGUAGAAGCUUCAGAGAACAAAUACUGUUUUUAAUUUUUUUUAAAAACUCAAAGCAAAAACCACAACAUAAGUGAAGGACAGUUUUUUUUCAUUAACUUUGUUUAUACCAGAUUAUUGCACAAUAAUUUUUUUUGACCUUUAUUUAAUUUAUUUUAGGACUUCAAGUUCUAAUGAUAAUUGAUUACAACCUUUAUCACUGUUAGCCUUUCAGUCUAUUACCUCUAGCAAAAAUGAAGACUAUUGUUUCGCUGAACAUCUGGAAGUCUUAAGAAAAAUACAAUGGUAUUUUGGUUUUCAUUUUUUUUUUCUGUUGUGAAGAUCUAUUUCAUUUUCCUUUAUUCUUUUGUAACUGCCAUACAAUAAAUUCAGAAAAGUUUGUUCUG